GCAAUUUUAACAGUGGUUUCCAGCUACGAAGACCUACGAAGGGGAGAGAUUGAAUCUGAUGCUGUAAUCUCAGGUUAAACCGCUGUUCGUUAGCGAUGCUCCUAAUGUGGUUGUUUGGUUCUUUGGCUUGUUUCAAAUUUGGAGUGGAAGGUAGGUUUGUGAGUGGUUUCCUAUUUGUAUCGCUAGUACUACCCAAGUGCAAUAAAAUAUACUGCAGUGCAAUAAAUUUGCAUCUUUGUUUUCAUCACGGCUUUCAUCACACCAUCUUGAAAUACAUCCCUCCUUGACUUUGUCAGGACAUUAUCUAGGAAAAACUCGUUUUUGAGUUGGAAAAAGGGCAGGGACAAAAUUAAUUUGAUUCCGUGUACAUUUGCGAAGUAAUGUGCCAAUUUCAAGAGAUAUUUGAUUUUUCUAAAGAAAAAUGGGUGGAAUACUUGACGAAAAACUCAGAAAUAAUAUUAAUACUCUCCAGGAAAGUUUUAGGAUGGAUUGGCUUUGGUAUUUUUUAGAAGAAAGGGAGUUAAAUUUCGUUCGUUUUCUGCUUUGAGACCAGUUAAGAAGGAGGCAUAAUAUCGCGGGCUACAACACAGAAUAACUGAAAACACCUCCUAUAAACUAUAUAACCUAAACAAUAUUCUGAUGAAUCUAGAAAAUGUACGACGCAUAGAGAAAAUAAAAAGUUUAGAACUAAAAAAAAUAUAGCAAGAAAAUAGAACUUAAAAAAUGAGUGCGGAAAGGUUUCAGCUGUUGACGCGAAAUUUCUUUUUCGGCGGAGGAGAUUUACGAAGCCAGAUGAUGAGGUCCUUAAAGGAAGAUAAAUUAUGGAUUGAACAAAUGACUGUGCCAAAAUGUAAAUGAGUGUGGCGACGCUUCGGCUCCACUCGGUAUGACAGAUAGUAUUAAAUUUAAAUGGCGAGAUCGCGCUGCUUUCGCGGGAAUCGAUUAGAAGUCGUUUUUAUUUUUGUACUUUUAACGUAUUUCCUUCGUUCAUCUGUUCUUUAAAAAAGAAAUUAAAGCGACAAUUUUCGGUAGUCAAAAAAGAAUAUUCCCUCGCAUAAUUACUUGGAGCAGAUUUUCUUUGUUUUAAUAAGGCGGAAUUUAUUUAAAAUGAAUGCAUUUAUGAGACCAGCUGUCAUCUCAAGGCAACUGCAAGUUACUGAACUAGACCCAGAAUCUGAGAUCAGCUUUUAUUCACAUUUCACAGUACGUUUUCAAUGAGGGCAGAAAAUUCUUAUUAAAUCAGUUCUUAAUCUUACCUUCUUCGUUUUACAGUAACAUCACUGUCUAAUGUCUAUCUUUUUACUGUAGUCUCCUCUGGAUAUCUAAUCUAAGCCAGCCGGCGGAGCCUCGUGGAGCCGGAUAUUGCUUUUCUUUAGAAUGCCUCCAAAAUGAUAAACUAGUCAAAUACUUGCUAACACUUUUAUUUAAUCAGAUAUUUUCCUGGUCAGCGUCCUGACGUUUCUCUGUGAUAACAGCCCCAGAUAUGACACGCGCUCAGAAAUGCUACAUAAUCAUUUCACUGGCAUGCACAAAGCCUGUUUUUAAAGUCCCGUUAUCAGCAACUUAUUUUAAGUUCUGAUCGGUUCUAAGGAAAAAAUAGUUCCAAAAUUUUAUCAAGCAGGCUAUACAACUGUAAGUUUUAAUACUCCUCCAUCUCUCGAACUGCCACGGCGAUAUUUCGAUUCAUUUUCCUUUAAUCAUCCUUUAGAAAUCAAGUUAUUAAAGAGUUCAACAGGCAAACAAACCGAUAGCUAUUGUGGUUCGAGUAAGCAAACAGUUCGAUCCGCAUGGAUAAGCUAAGAUAGAUAGAGGGGUAUACAUGUUGCUGCUUGGGUAACCUUUAAAACACUUAAUUAAGUUACGUACAGUUAAAGCAAAAAAAGCAAAAAAAAUGUAUUGGAAUUUUCAACUUGUAUUUAAUAAUGAGUACUUUUGAAAAAACACUUGCUCGGUAUCUAGUUGGUUUGGUUAUCAGCGUUCUCUACGUUUGAUAGCGCAAUUUUAUAUAGAAUUGCAUCUGAACAGGAAAAAACUUGGUGAUUAAGUAAGCAAACAAAAAAGCAAAAUGAAAUAAUAUUGUAACUACACCAACAAUAGGAAGCGUAUUGCGGCAUAAGACUACUGGAAAACUGAUCAUAACGUGUAUUGCGAUCAUCAGCUUUGCAGUAGUCUUUGAACUUCUCGUUUUUUGUCAGAUAGAAAAGCGAGUGAAUUGGUCAAAUACCCUCUGUGUCCUCUCCUUACCUUACGUUGUAGUUCCUCCAUAUCCUGGUCUCCUCACCAGUGUCAGAUAAAAAAGCGAGUGAAUUCGUUUAAGGAGAAACUAGAAAGUCAACAACACAACUUGGCCGGUCCAAAGGCACAUGGUUUAAUGAAAUGCGGGGGUUAGGGCCCCUGAAACUAUAUUAGACUCCAGUCCGUGACGUGACGUGACGAGAAAACGAUAUCGAGGUUCUACUUACAAUACAAAAACUGAAUCCUUAUCCGUGUAAACGACGUUAAAAAAUGUCACUUGGUCUAGCUUCAAGAAUAAAGUACCAAAUCUGACUUUUGACCUUUUUGGUUCUUAAUAUUUUCUUUUCUUGAGAUCCAACGUUGCAACCAGCAGGAUCAUCGUCCACGGUUUUUGCGGUUAUUUUCUUCCUAGCUUCCUAUCCUAGUUUCAAACCGAGACGGACUGGGUAUGAGUCGGUUUGUUAUGGGAUAAACAACACGAGACCCGCGUAGUGGAAAGAGCACUUUGAAGUUGCGAAAAACCUCAAGUUUGGUGUCGAUCGAGCCAAUAUUGAACAAGAUAUAGCUAUUUAAAAACUGUAUAUUUCUCACUAAAUGAAUUUAACUGAUCAUGAAUGGCUGUAUCUCGUUCAGUUAUAUAGGCCCUAUAAACACCAAACUUAAGAAUGUUGCAAAUUUCAACGCGCUCUUUCUCGUGUUGUUUAUCCCAUAAUGAAUGGACUCGUAACCAGCCCCUCCGGGUUUGAAACUAGGCAAUAGCGGAGCUUACUACAGCGCGAAGCGGUUCAGCAUGGGAAAUACAAUUUGGUCACCUAUGCAUCUAAGAAAUUUUGGUUGUGACAAAAUCGUCCGUCCGUACGUACGUCGACCGUACGUCCGCCCAUCAGGCCAGCGGAUGUGAAAUGUCACACUUACUAGCUUACAAGGCAUAAAUGUAUACAAUCCGUUGUUAACUUGAUAUUGGACAUCUAUUUUAUGUUCAAUUGACGACUGGAUGUAUCAAGGGCUCAGGCAUGUACAACUCACUGAAAUACCGUGGUUUUUUUUUAAAGUUCUCUGUUGACCAGUUAUUGGUUUCAGUUGAUCGCAGGCCCAGGUCCAUUUUUUCGAGAGGAUCCCGUGUGGAUACAUUCCUCCCUGAACCCAUUUAGCUUUUAGUUGAAGUUCCCGUAUUUAUUCGAAUAAGCGAAUAAGCGAAUAAGCAACCUCGAAUUAGCGCCCACCUCGAAUAAGCGCCCAUCCUAAAGGCAGAAAAAGUUAAUAAGCGCCCAACCUCGAAUAAACGGCAUCACGUUCUUCUUGCAAAACUCGUUUCUAACCAUUCUUAUGCUAAUUAGUCAAAAAUUAGUCCAAAGAAGAGGAAUUGGUGAAAAAUGCGUUUUUUUCGCUACUCGCUGGCCGUCAACAAAGGGUUAAGUCGAAAGUUGAUUGCGUCAGAAACAUAUUUCUUAAAAUAUCCCACGAGAGCUUCGGUUUUGGCCUUGGCUAAGUCUAUACGUCAUGUUUCAGAAUAGAAAAUUUUGUAAAUGAGCUCCGCCCCUAAGGUGUAAAAAUCUCUCAAAAUUUACUUGGUGUCAGUUUUCUCACUUGCAGCCACGGCGGGUUGUUUUCAAGUUUUGAUAAAGACCUGUAAGCUAUUAUCAAUCCACGCUGCUAGAAAGAGCACCUAAAAAUUAGCAAACUUACCGAGUCAAAGAAGGCUUUUGAAAACUUGACAUUGGUUUUUAUAUGAGAGUGUUUAAUAACAUUUAAUAUCAAUUUCUUUAAUGCAGGAUUUCAAUCGAGAUACACCUCUAUUCCGUCGAAGCCUACUUUUUCGCAUGCUGGAAACGACGUGACAUUUACAUGGAGAUAUCACUUGACGCACUCCGACAGAGCUAAUUUCAAGGUCGUUGUAUUCGGAAUAUGGAUGAAUGGAGACAUUUCAAUUCCAUUAGUGUCUGUUUUAAGGAAUGGAAGUGCUAUUUUUUAUUCCAAUCGUGUCUCAUGGCUUGGGAACAAGACAAUGGCCUCAUUUAGACUACACAAAGUGUCCAUUGAUGAUGAUAGGGUGUAUGGUUGUAAGCUGGAUUUCGGGGCAUUUGAUGUACUGGAUUCAGUGAGGCUUACUGUAAUUGGUAAGAAUGUCACCAUUAAUCUACCCCUGUUCAUACCUUAUAUAUAUAUAUAUAUAUAUAUAUAUAUAUAUAUAUAUAUAUUUAUAUAUAAUCCCCUCAUUUGCGGGAAAAUGAUACACAUUAAACCCCGUUGUCAAUAUGACAAUCCUCUUUCCAAAAUAAAAAAAAAACAAAAAAACGUGAUUCACAUUUUAUCAUACUGUUCUUAAGAAUUAUUUGUUAUAAACUAUGAAAUCAUAAUUCCAGCUGUCUUGUGGAAACAGAACACGCAAGGUCUCUUUAUUUGAGGUUCUAUUAUAAGUUCAGUCUUAUCUUAACUUUUAACAACUGUCUUGUCCGUUUUUAGCCGCACCACAGAUCAAAAAGAGCAAAAAUCAUCAGUUGGCACAGGUCAAAGUAUCUGAAGGCCAGUCAGUUGUUAUUCCUUGUAAAGUAACCGGAAAUCCACCACCUUGGAUCUCUUGGAGUCAAGACGGAAGAGUGCUUCAGAAUAGUACUCGAAAACAUGAUUUAUUGAUAAACUCAGCUGAGGAACACAUGACAGGACUGUAUCGCUGUAGGGCUGAGAACGAGGCUGGUGUUGAUAAAUAUGACGUGCUACUGCUUGUAAUAUCAUGUGAUCAUCAGUCUGGUGAUGUGGCAUUUCAUGCACAAGGUGAAGUAUGUAUAAAAUGAAUACAACUGAACCUGACUGUGUUACAAUGGCUGCACUCACAUCUGGGCUAGUAACUAUAGUUAAGACGGGGAUAACUAUAGUUAGCUAUUUCGGUAAUGUGACCUCUUCUCGGUUCGCUCCAGCUAUAGUUAGAAAAUUUACGCCUCGGUGAUCCAAAAACAAUACAGACUAACUAUAGUUAUACCCAAGCAGGGUUCGCGGGUUAGUCUUAAGUUAACAAACAAACAACCAAUCAGAAUGUGACACUUCUUUUCGCUCGUGCGAGAUGAGCAUAUAUAAAUACGCAAAAUAAAAACCAAGCGUGAGGCGAGGGGCAAACCAAAAACAACAGACAAAAAAUGUUCAUAGGCUAAUUGGAAUUAACUGUUGUUAACUGCGUGUUGUGACCGCAAUGUCGACCGAAAGCACUAACUACAGUUAGGUAUGACAUCACGUAACUUGACACUAACUUAAGUUAAACUUUAGUUACGUCGUAGAUGUGAACGCAGCUAAUGGUGCUUGCAAUUGCUUGAUGUGCUGUUCAAUUUUAUUUACAUUUUUGACAAUGAAAUAACAAAACACAACUGUCCUUUCAGGAUAUGAAAAAAAUAAUGUUUAAUAUUUUAGAUCCCAUUCGAAAACAAUUGAUGGAACUUGGUUGAACAUAUGUUGUACAAAGUCAGUAACACAUAGUUAAUGAUCGAUCACCCAAUUCUUUUGAGGUUUGGAAAAAAAAAAACAAAACCAGUUCCAGAGAAUUUGAUGGCAUUGAAUAGUCAGUAACUAAGUAUACUGUUGUUGGUAGCUAUGAGUCCUUUACCCCAUCCCAGUUGCCUGAAAUUUGAUAAUGAUUGAUUAAAUGCAACUUGGCAGUAGAUUUCGCGAGAAAAGAAAAACCGAUUUGUUCAUCUCAUUUGUCAACUGCAUAUUCGCCACUUUUUAAACGAGAGGGGAACUGGAGCCGAAACGUGUCUUCUCAGCUAUUGGUCAAUUUUCCCCGUCCCUGGUAACAGUCCCAGAAGGCUUGGCAAACGUUUACUCGGCCCAGUUUCCUUCACGUUUCUAAGGUCGCGAAUACUCAACGCAUCUUACAACGCAUCCUUGUCCCCAGAGCCUCCUGGGGGUCUGAGCACGAGGACCAGGACUUCCGGUCAUUUCCGAUUCAAAAGAAAGUUAGAGGAUUCUCUUUUAACAGCUUUGAAGCACCUAAAUUUACAGUCAUUGACACUUCUGCAAGAGGAAGUGAACGCGAAUAGAAACGUUGUAGAAAAUCAGAAAUGACCGGAAGUUCUAAAAUCCAGGACUUCAAAUCAUGUGUCACCAGAGCCUCCCGGUCCUCUCGCUCAGUCCCCCCGGAAGCUCUGGGGGACGAGAAUGUACUUAACGUUGCUAGUCUACUAAAAAAAAUCAAGAACUUGUACACAGACUGCGCUGAAAUGGGAGCAAAAAUUACUCGUUUUUAACGGCCGUUAAAGGUAGGUUUACCUCGACCCUAACUCGUAAUUACUCGUGCUUGUAAUUUUUACAUUGCAUGAUGAAGUAGCAGAAGGUUUCCUUUCCACUAGAUUUUAUGAGUUGAACGAAUACACUUACUUUUAACUAACAGAAAGUAAUUCUUCUUUCUUAGAAAACAAGGCUAAAACACAGCAUAACUUGGACGGCUUGUCUAAGUUUCAUGCCCAGGCCACCUUAGCUUCUACUCUGGUUGUCGUCUUUGCCUUGUUUGUCAUCUUCGGAGCAUAUUUCUUUUUCCGAUAUACAGGAGCUAGAAACAAGAGACCCAGGUAAGGACCACGUUGAAAGAAGCACAAGACUAGAACGUGAAUAAAUGUUUAUUUUAUUAUUGGCAGUUUAGACACAAAUUUAUUGUAAAAUAUUCUUUUUCACUGUGUGGUUUAUCAACAUUGCAAGGACUAUGCAACGCCAUUACGAAUUCGGUGAUUUCUUUUGUGGACUACUGAAUAGCAAAUACAGGCAUCUCCCUCCUAACCCAAACCUUUCACGAUAAAACGGACACCGCCUAAGACGGACAUCUCACUAGUGAUGGUCCCCCCUUCCUUCAGUCUUUCCAUGAACUCUUUACAAGGAGGCCGGCACCCUGUCACAAGCUACAGUAAGACGGUGCCGGUGCCAAAAGUGUCUAUCAUAGCGAGCGUUUUGACUGUUGUCGCCAUCAGUAUAUUAGUCGUCAAAAAAGCUUUGGCCUUAGCCUAUUUAUUUUGUAAGGGCCUAGUCGAAUUGUUUUACGUUGGAAACCCGCAUGCCAAAAAACAAACAAACAAACAAACAAACACAACAAUAUUUAUAAAACCUGUUUUGUGAAGUGAAAGUCGAAAGUAUCGUUACUGUUGUGAUUUCAAUUGUUUCGCAGGUCAGAUGACGUCUUUACUCUCUUCUAUCAAAAUGUUUAGUGAUGAACAAAACUAACAAAUAGUCUACAUUCCCUCUGCCAUAAAGAAGAGACGAGCUAUUUUCAAGUGGAUAAACUCUUCUUAAAACAAUAGACUCAAUAAAUUUGUUACAAAUUUGUUAUAAAUUUCGUAAAAGCAAACUAAGAUCAUAUAAACUACAAUACCCUUUGGGUCUUUACUGGUUAACACGAGUGGCUGUGUCUUAUUUUUUGAUAAAUGUAUGGGAGGAGAAGUUGUCGUACGUUCAAAAGUAAACGCUUUCAUACUUGCCUUACAGGAAGUACACCAAAAUGCCUCAAGAUGAGCAAGCUCGGAGUUUAUUGGGAGAAUGGUCAAGUUUUACUGAUAAUGGCGCAAAAAUAUAGUGGAAGCUGACUACGAUGUGCAAAAGAAAAUAACUACAUUAAGUAGCUUUAAAAGUUACUUUGUAAAGGCAUGGAUUAUUUUUAAGAGAGAUUCUUCUAGUAAAAAUGGUCUGCUAUAAAUUGUUCCGGCGUUAGCUGAAAACAAUGUUGAGGCCAGUUUACAUUUAUUAUGGUGCUAUUUUCCGCCUGGUUGGAUAUGGCCGGUUUACAGCUGUCCACCCAAGAAGUAUUACCCUGAAUUCUAAAGCUACGACUUAUCAGGCUUACCGUCCCAAUGAAAUAGGAAGACACAAAUCGUUUCGGAUGUCAGCUGACCGAACUCGUCACAGCGUGUUAACGGGGUAGAAUGGGUUAAAAACGGAAUCAACUGCAUCGCAACUGUGGUUUAUUUUGACCCUUGGAGACACUUAAUUCUUAUUUUGUCAAAGAGGUAUUUCGACACAAUAAACUACGGCAAUAAUUUUCUUUAUUUAUAACCGACAGCAUGGAUGAUAUUCAAAACGCACCAACAGAGUCUAUUCUGAUUCUGUGGAGGAACGAGAAAUAGCCAUAUCGUAGCUUCGUAUUAUAUAGUACAAGCCAUAAACAUAGAUGAGCAAUCACACCCAGCCAAAGUUUGGAUGGCCUAUUUUCUGAAUAACACCGAACAUAAUUACUUAAUAGCCACCUAUAAUUUCAUAAUCGUAGCUUAAGACAUCAGGGGCUCAAUCAGCUCCUAAACUGGUUAGCACCGCAGCUCUGCAAAGUAUACAUGUAUAUUUAACAGUGAUUACAAAACGAUCUUUAGUUUUCAGUGCCUUAUUUCACUUGCGUAUAUGGUUGUGAUGAUAUAUUUUGUUAUGACAGAGGCCUAGUUACUUAGUGUUUGCAGACGGAUGCGAUCACCAUAUGACGCAAUACAAACUUGAAAAGACACUGAACAAUAGCCAUACCACAACACACAAGCCAACCAACAACAGUUUCCGCAACACCAACAAACACCCAAGAGGACGCCGAACUAGUGUUGCAUUAUUGAUAAACCGAUAUCGCAUCGCAUGAUGGCUAAUGACGUGUGAUUUAUGUACCCUUGAAUAUAGGUUGUAAUUAGGCCUAACGUUUAUUAAUGGAGAUGUCUUUAUUUGGAGUUGUUCUUCUCUUUAUAUUCCGUUGGGUUGUAUAUUUAUCCAUGUUUUACAUCUAUUAAGCCUCAAGAAAGAUUAGUAAAAAAUGCCCGCUUACAGCGUCCUUGCAUGUAACCAAUAAUCACGUUUGUUACAAACCAAGGUAGUCUAUUUGUAUAUCGCUUUUUUAAGUCAAUAAAACCAGGCAGUUGAUUCCCGCACCAAAGCAAAACCAUAACGAUUUUCUCCUUAAAAGCUGCCGUCACAUAUCAUGUUGUAUACGAUUGAAUAUUGAAUAAUCAGCUUUAUUUGUUGUAAUAAAAUUAUAACUAAUCUAUAGCGUCUUUGGUCUUCUGUUUGAGAGAUGGAGGGAAAAAUAAACAAACAAACGAGGGGGAGAAGGGCAAACAUGGUCAGUUAAGGAGGAAAAUGAAGAAAUGAGGAGGGAAAACAGAGGACAGGAGUAAGAAAAAGAGAUCAGUGGGACAGGGAGGAAUGAAAAGGCACCAAUAAGCACUCGGAGUACUUUUUUCAUUUAAGGGUCGAGGGGUCGAAGGGUGGGGGAGCGGGUGCUUAUUCCGAUUUUCUAAUUUUGGCCUCACAAUAACGUCUUCCAGUUGUCACAAACUGUAAUACUAAACUAGAUUGUUUCUGUAUCUAUGUUAUCACUAGUCCUGUUUCUCUCAAAUUACUUGGAUGAAAUUUCUCCACACUCUAUCGUGUAUUCAAUGCUUUGAAUUGGAAUGGGGGGGGGGGGGGGGGGGAAGGUUGUGGUAGCCUCAUGUGGGCUUCUGUCGUGUCCAAUAAUGUCGGGGCGCUUAUUUGAAGUUGCGCUUUCUUAAAGGAGGGGGCUAACAAGUACAUUCACGGUUUUACAAAGACGAGAUAAAAAUAAAAGGUAGAAAUGGGAUGAACUGACAAAGAGGGUUGAAGAGUCGGUAGGGAAGCGAAGGGAAAAGACACGUAAACUAUGGAGGAAAAAAUAUCCGAACAAAAGAAAAGAGUGAUGAGGAGUUCUGAAGUUGUCUGCGUGCAGACGUCUCCUAAGGAAAGUUCUGAAGAAAAUUUAAAAUUUCCAUAAAAGAGAAGCCUGGUGGGAAACGUACGCCAAACUAGAGAGGCUAAUAAAGAACAGUGGACAUAAAAAAGCUAAGUGGUGUUAAAGACACCGAUUUACGCGACGUAUGACUCCUACAAAAUAAGGAACUUCGUUGAUUAUUGUGGAAUUUGUUUCAAUGUCGCGAUUAUUUAGAAACAUAUUCUCCUCAAAAGAACGGGCCUUAUAUAACCAUAGAGAUGUAAGAAAGCUUAUGAAGUAAUAGAAAAUAGGAAUUGGAAGAAAAAUUAAGUGAAAUUAUUUCGUUUCCUUCGCCGCCGUUAAGACUAACGGCGACACCACGGUAAUCAGGCUUCGAAAGGUUUUGACUGGAACUCUCCGCAAGGGCAAACUGAGUACCUGGCCCAUUUGUCUGAAUGGUGGAUAACACACUGUAUAUACCAGUAUUCAGUGGAUUACACAAUCGGUUUUCUUAACGGGCUAAUACGAAACUGCUGGACAAAUAAAUUAUCCAGUGGAUAGCGCUAUCCAACAUUUGAAGAACUGAGGCAAGAUCUACUCUGUAGGAGAACAACCUUCGUAAAGGUAAAUGAAAAAAAAAACAA